GGGGGGUGUGUGGAUCAUCACGCGACUCUCGAGGCGACUCCCGUUCAGCAAGGCGAUUCAGCCUCGUCACCAUCGCCGGCAUUCUGAUCAACGAAACGCUGCUCUGGUGGAGAAGCGUUGGCAUUUCCGUGGCUCAAAAUCCUUUUUCUGCUUUCCCAGGGUCUCCAACUAGCGGGAUUCUUUUCCCGAGCUUCUCUGCCCUCCGCGGGGCGGAAGGACGCUUUCGUUCUCUCUCAUCGGCGCCCUCCGCCAGGUCGAAGCCAGCCCGCCCGCCCCCCUCGAAAAGGCAUAUAAAGACUCCAGAGCCAGCUCUGACCCAGAGUUCCAACCUCGAUUCAUAUUCGCAUCCAUUCGUUGCACUCAUCGAUACAGCUCGCGAUCGAUAGCGUGUCACCUCGGUUCUAUCAAUUGUCUGUCUAUACCUAUACCUGACCUCCUCCCCCCAACCAGCCCUUUCAACACCACGCUGCCAUGGCGUCCGUAGCUCAAGCACGUUACGGCAAGGACAAUGUCCGCGUCUACAAGGUCGAACGGGACGAGAAGACCGGCGUCCAAACAGUCACGGAAAUGACUGUCUGCGUAUUGCUGGAGGGGGCGAUCGAGAUAUCGUAUACCAAAGGCGACAACAGCGUGGUCGUUGCUACAGACUCGAUCAAGAACACCAUCUAUAUCAAGGCGAAAGAACACCCAGUCACCCCUCCCGAGCUCUUUGCUAGCAUCCUCGGAACCCACUUUAUCGAGACCUACGCACACAUCACAGCUGCACACGUCAAGAUCAUAACACAUCGAUGGACACGAAUGACAAUUGAUGGGAAGCCUCACCCCCACUCGUUCUACCGCGACGGUGCCGAAACGCGCAAUGUGGACGCCGUCAUCCGAAAGGGCCAGGGGAUUGACAUCCGCAGCGGGAUCGUAGGGCUGUUGGUGCUGAAGAGCACCGGCUCGCAAUUCCACGGCUUCGUGCGAGACGAGUUUACAACCCUGCCGGAGGUUUGGGACAGGAUAUUGUCCACGGACGUCGAUUGCGGGUGGGUCUGGAAGACCUUCUCAGGAUUGAACGCCGUGAAGGCUUCUAUCCCCAAGUUUGAUAAGGCGUGGAAUGACGCCAGGGAAAUCACCAUGAAGACAUUCGCAGAGGAGGACAGCCCAUCUGUGCAGAACACCAUGUAUAAGAUGUGCACGAAAAUCAUGGACGCGGUCGCAGAGGUCGAGACGGUGGAUUACUCACUCCCUAACAAGCACUACUUCGAAGUUGAUCUGAGCUGGCACAAGGGUAUCAAGAACACCGGCAAGGAUGCGGAAGUCUACGCUCCCCAAUCAGGCCCCAACGGGCUUAUUCAAGUCAAAGUCGCACGAUCCCAGCUCUCAUCGAAGCUGUAGAUCUAUCUCAUUGUAUAUAAGUAAACGAUACACACGAUAAACCUGAUAUCGGAUUUGGAGGUAUGGUGGUUUAGAGUCGGGUUGGCGCUGAUUUGGGGCAAAUGUUGUAAAUAAGAGCUUGCAGAUAUGGAUUACACUUUUUGAC